AUGAUGGAGUCUGCUUCAUUCUUCAAUCAUAGUGAAAAAUCUGAUAUUUUUGAGAAAAGUCAAAAUAAUACAAUGAAUGGGAAUCUUACGAGGAAAAGUUUUGACUAUGAUAUUAGAGGUUUAACUAAUAGAAGGCAUAUUAGUGAUGCUACUAAUUCUUUAGGUUUCAUGACUAAUGUUAGUGGUGAAGAAACUAUUUCCCAACUUAUGAAUGCUUGUAAAGGUCCUUUAAAGAAAUUAGCAAGACAUUGUUUUAAGAAGCUGCGAUCUACUAUUAGGCAAACUCAAGAUGAUAGAAUCAAUAAAAAAAGGGAGCCUGAUGUAAUGGAUGAGUUUGUUGAGGUAGGAAAUGGGAAGAGAAAAAGAAGAGUUGUUUCUGAGUCCUAUUUGGUCCCUAGUAAACUUAGAAAAUUCGAUUUGAAUGGAUUUAAACGGGCAACUAAUGAAGGUACUAAUAUUAAAGAUACGAAUCUUGAAAAUUAUUCCACAAGGAGUGGUUCUGUUUCAGCACAAAAUUCUGUGAGGAGAGAUCCCUUUAACUGGGAAGCACCUGCACAUUUGCAAAGCAAUGAACAUCAUAUCAAAUAUAUUCCAAAUGCCAGUAGUGAUAACAAGAACAUAAAUUAUGGUACAUCAUUUGUAAAAAGAGAUAGAACAAAAAGUAGGGGGAUAGGGAAGUCAAGUACUACUUCGAUGGAUCAAAUAGAGUAUCUAAGAAGCAUAUUUAGGGGAGAAUAUGAAAUUCCCCAGAUAUUGAAAGAUGAAAGACAACAUCAAUUAGAACUAUUAGAUGAGGAUAAGGAACAAUAUAUUGGGCUUAAAAAAAAUGUUGUAAAUUUAACAGAAAAGAUUAAAAGGGUCCUCUCAGACUAUAAAGAAAAUGAAUUCAAAGAUGACUUGAUAAUAGUUAAAGAGCAAACAGUUGAUCCCUUGGAGAAGAAACGUCGUGACAUUUAUAAGGAAUACUUCUCAGUGAAGGAAUCAUUUUUAGAAUUCAUUAAUAAAUUUGAAACGUAUAAAGAACUUCUUGACAAACGUGAAAAGAUCAAACAAGAGAUCAAGGAUAGAAGAGCCAAAGAACAGCAAAAAGAUUUGAUUCCUAAAUUAUCAAAGGAGGAAAUUGAUAGAAUUAACAAGAUUUUGAAUAAAAAUGGCAAUGAUAUUUUGGCUAAAUAUAAAACUUUAGAAAUAACAUUACGUGAUUAUAAGACAUUAGGCCCUAAAAGAUGGCUAAAUGAUACAAUCAUAGAAUUUUUUAUGCAAAAAAUCGAAGAAAUAAGUCCCAAAACAGUAGCGUUUAAUUCAUUUUUCUACACUAGCUUGUCUGAACGUGGUUAUCAAGGUGUGAGAAGAUGGAUGAAAAGAAAAAAGGUACAGAUUACAGAUCUUAAUAAGAUAUUUGUUCCAAUUAACUUAAAUCAAUCUCAUUGGGCAUUGGGAAUGAUUGAUAUCCCACGUAAGAGAAUAAUAUAUGCAGACUCAUUAUCCCAUGGCCCUAACGCUAUGAGUUUUGCGAUUUUAAGUGACUUGAAAAACUAUGUUGUCGAAGAAAGUAAAAAUGCGAUCGGUGAAGAUUUCGAUUUAUCUCAUAUCGACUGUCCUCAACAACCUAAUGGUUUUGAUUGUGGUAUUUUUGUAUGUAUGAAUACAUUAUACUUGAGCCAAGAUUCUGCAUUGACAUUCAAAAGUGAUGAUGCUCCUAGGAUGAGAUCAUACAUUUCGCAUUUAAUAAUAUCAACUCCUAAUAAAACUUAA